GCUAGACCGCAGCUGCAGGUGGGAGGUAGCCACCUGGGAUCCUCAGACCACUUCAAGAGCCGCGGGCGAAGGGCCCGGUCCUUGGGUUCAGGGAACGCUAUUUGAACCCCCUCGCGCCUGCAGGACCCUUUGUCAGCUGGGGCCUGAAAAGAGCGGAACGAAAGGCGGACGGUUUUCGGUUGCUGGGGCGGACGUGGAUCCGAUCUGUCCGUCCUUGCAAGUUUCCCCCAAGGCUGGGACCUAGACGUGCGCCAACUCGUGUUCUCUGGCACCAUAGUAGUGGUCGUCGCUGGCCCGAGUUAGAAGCCAACAGUGAAUUCUUCGUGCCUCAGAUUGGUUGACCUACAAGAUGCUUCGAUACCCAUAUUUUUGUAAAAUCUAUAAAGAAUUUCAUUCAUGCUGGUUGGAAUCUGGCAUAUUUAAUUUAGGUAUCUGGCCAAAAAAAAUACAUGCUACAACAGAAAGAUGUAAUGAAUAUGAAGCCGAGGAGCAAACAGAUCAAACUGGAGCUCAGGAGUUACAUAGAUCUCAAAAUGGAGAUUUUGAAGCUAUGACUAAAUUACAUAUCCCAGUAAUGGUGGAUGAAGUUGUUCGUUGUUUGGCACCACAAAAAGGCCAGGGAUAUAUGAUUUCCUGUAAGAAUGUGAAUGGGGAAACUAAAUUCUUUCAAAUGAGUUUCCUGAUCAGAUUUUAUAGAACUACUCUCUACCUCUGUCUACACUAUUUCUGUCCUGGGAGACUGACCUUCCCCAGCCAAAUCAUCUGGCUCCCCUGCCCUGUGGCUUCUGGUUGGAUUACGCAAAUGGGAGUCACCAGCUGGAGAUCAGAGAGUGAGAUUUUUCUAGAUAUGACAUUUGGUUCAGGAGGACACACAAGAGCCAUUCUACAGAAGGAGUCAGAUAUUACUCUGUAUGCCUUAGACAGAGACCCGACAGCUUAUGCAAUAGCUGAACAGCUUUCAGAAUUCUAUCCUAAACAGAUCCGAGCUAUGCUAGGCCAGUUCAGCCAGGCAGAAGCCUUAUUAAUGAAAGCUGGAGUGCAGCCAGGGACUUUGGAUGGAGUUCUUUUGGAUCUUGGGUGUUCCUCCAUGCAACUUGAUGCUCCUGAAAGAGGUUUUUCCCUUCGGAAGGACGGCCCCUUGGACAUGAGAAUGGAUGGUGGCAGGUACCCUGACAUGCCCACCGCAGCUGAUGUUGUGAACGCUUUAGAUCAACAGGCACUUGCCUCCAUCCUGAGAACAUACGGGGAGGAGAAGCAUGCCAAGAAAAUCGCUUCAGCAAUCGUUCAGGCUCGCAGCCUCUACCCCAUCUCCAGAACCCAGCAGCUUGCCAGCAUCGUUGCAGGUGCAUUUCCUCCAUCUGCUAUUUUUGCACGAAAAGACUUGCUACAACGAUCUACCCAUAUUGCUACCAAGACUUUCCAAGCUUUUCGAAUAUUUGUAAAUAAUGAGCUCAAUGAACUUUACAUAGGAUUGAAGACAGCUCAGAAGUUUCUGAGACCUGGUGGUCGCCUUGUUGCCCUCUCCUUCCAUUCACUAGAGGAUCGCAUUGUCAAACGAUUCUUGCUUGGGAUAAGCAUGACAGAAAGGUUUAACCUAAGUGCCAGACAGAAGGUGAUACAAGCAUCACAAUUUCGUUCAAGUUAUGAAAACAAGGAAGGAGACUGUAUAAGCAGAGCCCCUUUAAUGUGGGAAUUGAUACACAAGAAAGUACUUACUCCAGAAGAUCAGGAUGUACAGGAUAACCCCAGAGCACGCUCAGCUAAGCUUAGAGCAGCCAUCAAAUUAUGAUAAAGAAAGUUUUCAUCAUGUGGUCCUUCAAGUUUUCCCUCAGAGUUUCUCUUCUUUUAUUGGAUAUUCCUGAAUAACUUAAUAUAAGGAAGUAUGGGAUCUAUAGAGAAACAUGUACUAUAUAUGUGUGGAAAUUGAGGGUAUUUACCAUUUUUUGUCUUAGAAAGAAAAUCUCAGAAAUACGAGCAUGACACAGAAGGUUCAACUCAAGGAGAAGCAGCAUCCUAAAACUCGAAAAAUGUCUCUAUCUGAGCAUUAUAUUUGACUUUUGAAAUGUAGUCCUUUCCCUAAUCAUGGAAAAUUUUUAAAAAGAAGAAUACUAUAUUUAUUUAAGUAUGAACACUCAAACUGUCAGAAGAUAGAGAUUAUAAUUGUAUCUGUAUUUUCUAAGUUCUGAAUUUAGAUAUUCAGAUUUGCAACAAACUUUCUAUGGGUCAAGUAAUAAAUAAUAAGUAAGUAAA